CAGCAUCUGAAAGUUGAAAACAUGAAAACUUGUUUAUGAGAGCAGACAGUUUACAUCAAUAUUAACAAAAAUAUAGGCUUAUUUAGAAAAUAAAUAGCCAUGGCUGACGUAUGUGACCAGAUAGAAAAUAGUUUGAAAGUUGAAUCAAGCAGUGACAUUUCAUCCAAUUCUUCUGAAGUGAACACCCAAAAUGACAACAAAAACAAUGAUCAAAGGCAAGAACUGGAAGAAGACAAAGCCUCAUCCAAUGGAAGUUUUAAUUCCAAAUCUGAUUGCUCUCAUGAUGAACCCUCUUUGAAUCCUGCGCCUGGCCAGGAAAAAAUCUUGAAUGAAACCAUAGGUGCUAAAAAAGAGGACAAUGACAUUUUGCCGCAAAAUGGGAACUCAAAUAAUCCUUUGUAUGAGGAUGCUAAAUCAUAUUGGCAAACUGUGCCACCAACUGUAGAUGGUAUGCUCGGAGGGUUUGCCAGAAUAUCUACAACUGAUAUAGCAGGAUCUAAUAAGUUUCUGCGUUCUUUUAUAAAGGGGCCUAAAGCAAAGACUAAAACCCGCUGUGUAGUAGACUGUGGUUGUGGAAUAGGACGUAUUACAAAACGACUUUUACUGCAGUAUUUUGACAAAGUUGACAUGGUGGAGCAAGACACAAAAUUCAUUACUGAAGCCAGGACAUUUCUUGGAGAUGGUGCCAAAAAGGUUGAUAACUUUUUCAAUUGUGGAUUACAGGACUUCGAACCAGUUGCUGAACGUUAUGAUGUCAUAUGGUGCCAGUGGGUCCUUGGACAUUUAAGCGAUGAUGAUUUUGUUCAAUUUUUCAGACGUUGCCGGGAAGGCCUUGCCGAGGAUGGAGUAAUUAUAAUUAAAGAAAAUGUCACAGGUUGUCAUUCUCCAGAAUUUGAUAAACAGGACAGUAGUUUUACUCGACCAAAGUCCGCCCUAGUGGAACUGAUUAAUAAAUCUGGAUGUACUAUCAUAAAACAAGAGAAACAGAAAAAUUUCCCCAAAUCAAUCUUUGAUGUAUGGAUGUUUGCUCUCAUGUAAAUCAAUUAUUAUUUUCAAAAUACUAUUUUCAUGCUUUCAUAAUUUUUAUAAAAAAAUUUCAAAGUGUCAGUUAUUAUAAAAAAAUGUACACAUAAUGUUACAAAUAUGAUUAAAAUUUUGAGCAGAUAAGUAAUAUUGAUUAACAAUUGCUCCAUCAACAGAAAUUGAGCCUACGUGAUAGACUGGGCAUCCAUACAUAUUUGGUCUGUCUGUCCAUCACUAAUGACUUUUUAUUCGUAAGCUUAAAAGAAUCAAUUUCAAAAUUGUCACACUUCUUAAAAAUUGAGCAUUUUUCCAAGCUUUCGUUUAAUAAAUAAAUAAUGAAACAAUGGUUUUCAUUAAAAUCUAUUGAUGGUGCAAAUUGAAGGCUCUUAUGAAUUUUUU